ACAGUUUCCAAUAAAGUUGUUGUAAAACAACAACCCAACUGGCCUCAGAUAUUCAGAGGUGAGACGAUCACUCUGACAUGUGAGGUGCAGGAAGGAGGUGAAACCACUGAGUGGGAUUAUGGAUCGAGCGGACCCAGGACACCCACACAGUGGACACACAAUAAAGAUUGGACGUUCAGAGUUUCUGAGUCCAGCAGUGGAGACUACAUGUGUAAGAGUCGACGCAGAGAUGACUCAUAUUCUUCAACAGAGUGGAGUGAAGCCUUCACAUUGUCAGUAUCAACAGAUCAACCAAAGGCCCAAAUAACUUGUGAUGUGAGAGACAUUCCAGUAGGGGGCAGUGUGACCCUGAGCUGCUCAGUGAACUCAUCAUCAUCUGGAUGGAAAUACUACUGGUACAGAGACGAGAACUCCUCUGAACCUCUGACCACACAAGAUGCAGUUUUCCCUUCAGAUGGACAAAUCAGAGUCUCACAGGAAGGACUCUAUAGGUGCAGAGGAGGAAGAGGAAACCCAGUUUAUUACACAGAGUACAGCGAGGCAGUCAGCAUUGAUAAGAAUUCAGUGCCCGGGACAUUUCUGUCUCCUCUGAUCGUUGGACUCAUUUGUGGAGUUUCACUGAUUUUUCUUCUUCUUCUUCUUCUGCUCGUGUGUCGUUUCAAACAGUCAAAGGAUUCAUUCUUUAUCAGGACUCAGAGCACAAAUCAGAGCUCUGCUAUGAACCACAUGAUCAAUCAGGAUGAAUCUCAACACAGCCAAAACACUUCUCCUCUCCAAGAUGACAGUGUGUUGUAUGCACAGGUCUCCCACAGUAGAUCUAAAGCCAAGAGAGACAAAGAUGACAGUGUGUUGUAUGCACAGGUCUCCCACAGUAGAUCUAAAGCCAAGAGAGACAAAGAGAAAGAAUCUCCUUCAGUGAAUUCAAAUGACAGUGUGUUGUAUGCACAGGUCUACUACAAUAGAUCUAAACACAAGAGAGAUGAAGAUCAAGAAGAAGAUCUGUGUCUGUAAACCAACUGAAUGGAGGACAAAACUGAGUUUAUUUCAUCUGAAUUUAACAAAGCAUU